AUGGGUAAACAUCAGAAAACUGAGCUCAGCGCUGUAAUAGCGCAGAAAAAGAUUACUGACGAGCUAGCUAUUGAUGUUCGUUGUAAGGAUAUGUGCAAAACAAUUCUGAAUAAGGCAAAUGUAUUGAUCUCCAGGCGUAUGCAUUUGGAGUCAGAGGAGAUACAUCUGUUCAGGAAUAUACAAAAAGCUAAAGAAGCCCAGGCCAGACAAAUCGCCGAGAUGGAACAAGAACAAAAACUUGCUAAAGUAAUGGCAGAUUUAAAACGCCGGGAACUUGUCGAAAUAAAAUACGACCAGUUACAUCGAAACAAUUCCAUCGAAUUCCGACGUGAGGAGCGGCAACUACAAGCGGCUUAUACAAAAAAAUACUUAAUGUGUCAAAUUAAAGAAAAAGAAGCUUUAAAAAAAGAAGAGGAAGCCAAAUUAUAUUAUGAUGAUUUGAGAAGAAAAUUAAGCAAUGAUGAAAAUAAGAAGGAAAAAGAACUACAAACCAGACAAAAUGAACUCAAGUUAGAUUAUAAAAAGGCGAUUACAGAGCAAAUACAGGAGGACACCGCCAAAAAACAACGAUUAUUAUUAAAGAACCAGCCUUAUGAAUUUAUUGAAACAACUAGAAGUAGUGAAGUCGAAAAAAAAAAUGUUCAAAAAAAUUGUGCUCAAAGAAACCUGGAAGCAUUUACAAAAAGGAAAAAUGAGCUAAAAGAAACUGAACUCAAAGAAUCCGAAAAAACAAAUAAGCGUAAAGAGGAGUAUUUGAUGGAUAUUGAUAAGCGCAAUAAACAACAGGAAGAAUUUAAAAACCAGAGAAAAGUAGAAAAUGAUAGAAUCUAUAAUUGCUUAGUCGAUAAUUUAACAUCGUUAACGACAAAUACACCAACAAAUAGAGAAAUGCUUGAUAUUCUCAUACACGAACAACAACGAAGGGCCAAUCGGCUUGCAGAAAAAAAAGAAAAAGAUCUGAAAAUUCAACAUCGUGAAAAUAUGCUGAAGCAAUACGAAAUGCAACUAAACAUUAAAAAAGAGAAAGAGAAAUCAGAGAAAGAAAAAGAUUAUGCUCUAGACAAAAAAAUAUUGCAAUACUAUCAAGUAAUUAAAGAGGCAGAGGAGAAAAAAAACGCUGAGCAGCGGAAAAAGAUGAUCAAUUAUGGAAAAGAGUUAAAAAUAUCGAUCGAUCUGAAAACCGAUCUGAGAAAAAAACAGAAGGAGGUUGCGAUGAACGAAUUUUCGGAAGCUGCUAAAGAAGAAGCUGAGAAUUUUGUCGUAGGUGUUAUCUGUUCAUGGAUGUCGGAUUCUGCUUAA